AUGAUGAAAUCAGCAACGAAAAAUCAUCGUCAUAAUUUAUCCGAUAAUAUGGAAUUGAUAAAAAAUUUGGAAAAAAUGAUUCGUCUAUCGAAAUGUUGUCUUAAAUGUCAACAUGAUGAAUUGCCAUUGAAAAUGAUUAAAUGUGGCCAUUUAUUCUGUUCAAAUUGUCUAUCUCAUUUAUCACAAUGUCCAUCAUGUUUUUGUCAUUUUGAUCAAACAGAUAUUAAUGAUGAUGUAUUGUUUGAGCAAUUAGCGGAUAAAUGUUUAAAAUUGCAAAAAACUUUGUUCACAAAUGAAACCCUUGGUAAUGAUCAUCUUGAUGAUUCUGGUGAUAUCAAUCAUAAUUUGACUGUAGUUAUUGAUAAUGAAAUGAAAAUGAAAUCAAAUACUAUAACAACAAUGGAAAAUCAGCCAUUGAAACAUGAUUGUUGCAUUGAAAAAAUGUUGCAUCAUACAUUACAAGCGAAUAUUUGUCCAACUAUCAACAAUAUCAUGCAAAAAUUGAUCGAUCCAUUGAUAGUAUCUCAUCAUUCCGAACAGAAAUCAUCACCACCAUCAUUCAAAUUGGAUGUAUCGGUUCAAACUGAUCAAAUACCGGUAAUUAUACAAUCAACGAAAUCCAUUCAAACUGAUCCAUUGCCGGUAAUUAUGCAAUCAUGGAAAUCCAUUCAAACCGAUCCGAUGCCAGUAAUAAUGCAAUCAACGAAAUCCAUUCAAACCGAUCCUUUACCGGUAGUUAAUUUUUCAUCUCAAUCCGUACAAACUGAUGCUAUGCAAACAUCGGUUUUUUCAUCAAACUCCAAACAAACAGAGGCAAUAUCAACAAAUGAAUCAUCAAUGGUAAAGAGUACGUCUAUUAAUGUGAAAUCUUCUCAAAACGAUGAAUCACCAGUGAAAAUUCCAACAUAUUUCCAGCCAUUGUUGACAAGUACUGAUAAAAAAAAUAAAAAGAAAAAAAAUCUCCCAUUUUUAUCGAGCAAUGAAGAUUCUGAUUAUUCUGUUCCACUGAAACGUUUCUGUACAUAUUCAUCAUCAUCGUCAUCAUCAUCGUCAUCGUCAUCAGAUACUUAUAAUCAUUUUGUCAUACUAUGUUCCAACCUUGAACAAAUACAAAAACGGCGAUUAUCUAAAGCUGCCAUUUCAUUAAAUUUUGAAUUGGUCAAAGAAUGGUCAUUGAAUGUCACACAUCUAGUGGUUGGUUCGGCACCUGGAACGAAAAAAUCUGAUCUUUUGACAACUAGAUCAUUCAAAUAUCUUAUGGCAUUGACUGCCAAUAAAUGGAUUGUACAUUGGGAUUGGAUCACAGCAUCAUUGGCAAAUGGAAGUUUAGUUGAUGCUGAACCGUAUGAAAUCAAAGGAGUGAAAAAUUGUGAUAAACUUGGCUGUCCAAAUGAAUCAAGACGAAUGAAAAUUGCUUUGUUUGAAAAUUGUGCUAUACAUUUUUCCUCAUUGAUUAAUUCUCCAUUAAGUUUGGACGAAUUAAAACAAAUUGUACAGCUUGGACGAGGUACGAUUGUCGAUCAAUUAGAACAACUCGGUGUAAUAUUGCUCAAAAUGCCUCAUCUAAAACCUAUUUUAAUCCAUAAUGAACACAAAUAUGAGAAGGGUGCUGGUCUCAAUAAUUCUAUCUGUUGUUUAUCUAUUUCAGAAUUUUUUGAGAUUAUUUGUCGAUUAAAGUGUUUAAAUCAAAUAUAAAUCAUUGAAUAAAAAAUUUUUUUU